ACUGAAGGUGGCGCCUCGAUUUGUUUAGCCCUUAGGGUAGAAUAACGUUGAUAAAUCGUGUUUAAUAGGACUCAAAUAGUUGAAUUUAGAUACUAAUUCAAAUCAUAGCGAUGUAAAUUAAAACAGAAAGUAGGAGAUGACAUAAUACAUUCGUAUACAUUGGGAUUAACUCCGUUUUUAAGAAGGAAUUCCCUAUCGGGUUUUGACAGGUCACGUGACGCUAUAGGAUACACAUGGUUAAGUGCGUCACGUGAUCUAGUGUAUUGACGUAUGUGGGUCAAAAGGUCUACCAGGUCCCAACGUAACUCCCAAAUCAGCCUGUGAACAAAUGGAUGAAUGAAACAUAAUAACCUUUCACCCCGUAGGCAGAGGAACUACAUUAAAAAACACCCAUCAUCCAUCAACCAUACUCCCAUCAUCCGCAGUUAGUAGAAGUCAGCCUAGCCUCAGAUCACUUUCUUUAAAUUAUGGAGACAAUUCCAUUCAAAUUUGAGGCAGGAUCAAUUUCGUCAUCAAAUUCACCCCAGAAAGCUUUGUCAAUUAAUGAAAUAGCUGCUCAGUUGGCAAAUAGCAAAGCUUUAAAUAUUGCAGCACCUCCUACAAUACUCAUAGCAGCACCAACAGCUGCCAAUGUAGUAAACGGAAACAAUAAUAACAACAAUAUUGAAAAGGCCGAUUCCACAGAGAGUAUAUCAAACAAUCCUAUUGUAGCGAAAAUGACUGAGGCGUUAUCGCUGAAGCAGUCACCGACCCUAACGAAACAACUUGCAAAGCCGUCCACAAGUUCAUCGUCUGGGAUGCAGGUCAUUACUCAGUACAUGUGUCGCUACUGCGGCCAGCAAUUUGAGAACACCGAACAGAUGCAGAAACAUAUACAGGAACACGUUGAGGGAAAGACACCGCACGAGUGCUCUGUCUGUGGAAAGACAUACCGUACACCAUCAAAACUGCAGCGUCAUGUGCGAGUACACAGCGGGGAACGUCCUUACGCUUGUUCCGUCUGUGGGCGGAGAUUCACACGCAGCGAUCAUGUGAAACAACACAUGAAAGUCCACAUGCAGCCGAAAGACGCAAACGUAUGUCACCUGUGUAAUGAUAUGAAGUUCAACCGUCGUCAGGCGUUACACGCCCAUCUCCAACAGCAACACAUGCUGUCACAGGUGUUUACCUGCCAUCGUUGCGGCGAGGCGUUUGAAUCUCUGGAGGAGAUGCAGACCCACAAACUCUGUCACGACACUGUCCUCAACAGCCUUAAGGAUGGCUCUACGGCAGCUGCUCCACCUGACGGCAUCGCAAAAUUCUCCCUCGGUCCGCAGAAAACAGAGCAGACAUCUUCGAUGAACAAGUAUGAUUUCAUCACAGUCAAGCCUCAGACAUCGUAUGCCACUACAACAGCUUCCACUGCCGAAGACACCAAGCCUACUUUGACUUCAGUUUUGAAGAUCCCUGCUGCUUUUUAUAUUCCCGCUAACAUGGACAAUGUUUCUGCAUUGAGUAGCAAGCUUGCUGUUGAAGGUAUGGAGAAAUUAGCAAAAGAAACUGCAGAAGCUGAAGCUCAAAGGAAGUAUCAAGACGAAAUGAUGCAACUAACUAACGAUGCAAUGAAGUUUCAGGACCAGUUAGAUGUGCAAAGAAAAACAGAAGAGGAGAGGAGAAAGAUUGCUCAAGCUUUCACAAUCAAAGCAGGAAAUGUUAUUGAGAUAAAAAAAGAGCUUGGAAAUGUGGAAAAUGGCGACGCAGGCCAUGACUCAGGUUUGGAGAUUGUUGAAGGUCAGGAAACCACACACAUGGUUAAUGGAGACGGUAUGUCCAUGUUCAUACUGCCCUCACUUUUGAAGAACGGUAAACCUGCAGGGUCAAAAGCUGAUGAAGAUGAAUCAGAUAUGGAAACAGAGGACAGUGAACAGAAUUCGUCCAAAGAUUCGUCCGCUAUUAAUCGUGAAGGUGAUGAUGACAGAAGCGAGGGUGAUGCUAGUGAGAAGAUGGAUGAUAGUGGUAUUGGUGAAGGGGAAGGGUCGGAGGGUAAAAUCUCACCACGCCCUGAGGCCUUCUCCAGACCCUGCCCAAGGUCAAAGAAACCGGGAUACAUGCCUCCCGUGGAGGCUAGUACAGAGGAAACCAGGUAUGGCUCGCCUAGUUUGGUGUCUACAGCUGCGAAUGAGCCAACACUUAUUGCUCCUAAACCAAUGUUAUCAAUACUCAAUCCUAGAAUUAACGAACUGAUCAAGGCGAAAGUGGAACAAAAUAUGAGCAACCAAAACCUGAACAGCCAGAGCCAGGCUGUCCAUUCGUCUGUUCCGACUUUCAUCGUCACCAACCCAUCACUCAACUCACAGAUGAACCCUCAGCUACCAAAGCUCACACUUAUACCAAAUUUCAGCAAACUCACUCCGCCACCAAACCCUAUGACGUCCUUUCAGACGAUACUGCCAGCUCCUAUCAGCAGUAUCUCAAGCUCAGCAACACUCGCUGCUGUUGCUGCUUCUAUGUCGGCACAGAUGACCCCUAAGAAAACAGAGGGGCUACCGAAACUCAUAAAAUGUGAACACUGCUGUAUUUACUUUGAAGACAAUGCAAUGAGCAUGCUUCAUAACACCUUACAUUCGGCAGACACUGCAGAUCCUUUCACCUGCCGGAAAUGUUACAAGAAACUCGGAAACCGACUUGAGUUCAUGGCCCAUCUUAUAUGGCACUUAGAACCCAACAUGGAUCUAUGUUAAGAAUCUUAGGGACUUUUGUUACUGUUUUUGAAUUUUAAGGUAUACAUAAUUUGUAUUAUGAUUCAUUAUUGUUAAAGUUUGUCAAGUUGAACAAGAAUUUUUUUCGAACAAACAAUUUAAAAAUGCUGAAGAGAUCUUAGAUGUGCUAUUUUUAUGUAUUAGAGACAGUAUUACUGUAUUGUUAGUACUGCUUUUAUUUUCAAACUUAAAAAUACUGGAUCAAUUGGUAAGAAUAUCAUUAUCGUAUCAUUGUAUAUAUGGUCCAAAGAUCAAAAAUUGUUGCCUUAUAUUUUCAAUGUUAAUUUGUGUACAGGACUAUAAUGCCAUCAUUUAAGGUUCAUUUUACAGGAUGUUAUAAAGUCAUCCAAUCGUUUGUCAUAUUCAUGGCUUUUUCAAAAAGAUACAAUAUAUUGUACAUGUAGCAAAAUUCUUUAUUUUUUUUAUAGAUAGCAAAAAUUUAAGAGUCUAUCAUAAAGUACUUGAUUAUGCAUGUAUAUGUGUGCAAUAUUCUUAUUAAUAUUUGUUUUUCUUUUCUUGGAGAUGCAAGACAACUUUUCUUUCUUUGCGGAAAAAAAAGUUUAAAAAAAUAAUCAUACAUUUUAAUCUUUCUCUUUCAAGUUUGAACAAUUCUUUAUUCUUUAGAUACAACUAGAUCAAUAAUUAUAUUCUUUUUCCUGCCCCUUCUGUGCUUUUAAAAAAUACUCACUUCUGCGUAAAGCAUUUACAUAUUGUUUUCAUCAUUAUCAUUUUACUACUUGUAAUCUCGAAAACUGAUUCUUAAUUCCCUCGAAAAGUUACUUGUACUGGGAUGUUUAGAAUGGAGGGAUAUGUUCGUUUUAAUUCGUAAUUAAAGCGAGGGAACUUUUUUUAAAGAUUUUAUUAAUAUAUGCUUUGGAUUUUAUUUACAUUUUAUGUUUUUUUUACAUAUGUAUGUUAGAAUUACAACAGAGAUCCCAUGCCUGGAAUGACAGAAUUAGAAUGAGAAGAAAUGUCUGUGUAUUUAUUGGAAAUAUUUAGUCAUGGUUUUAUUUCUGACGCCGUUUUUGUUUGAUGUGCAAUGUUAGAGUGAAAAGAAAAACUUACUACAUACAUGUUGAUUUUUUAAACCACAAGAUAGGGUUUGCCGAGCAAAAUUAAAUAAUAGAGUACAAUGAAAGCAAGGAACUGAAAAACUUAUUUCUGUCCUUAUCAAUAUUUGUAAAACAAGUCACAGCAAUGUCAUAUAAAUCAUUUUAUUGGCACACUGUAACCCCAAAAUUUUGUCUUCUGUUUUUUUGGGAAAAACCAGGGUAAAUCCCAUAUGUCCUACUUGGUGAAUGCCAACUUAACUCGCACACGAGUAUAUGUUAAUUUGCGCAUUUCCUUCUAUAGUUGGAUACAAUUUCAAUUUUGCUUGCCACGCCCUAUUUUGCGGUUUAUUUUCCAUCUGUGAUUUGUUUUAUGUGUUUUGGUGUUAUAACAACAAACAAAUAUUUAUUUAUCAAAUAUUAGUCAACUGUUGCCAGUUUAUUUAUGCAACUGUAAACAAAAAAAAUCAAGAGGAAUAAGUUAUAUUGAUGAUGGAAAUGACUUCAUGGAAGGUCAAAAUAUUGGGUACCGAAUUUUACUGUGGAUGAAAGCUUGGAUUGAUAAUAAAUAGGCCAAAAAUAGUAAGGAAAAUUGGGUAAAAACUGUUAAUACUUUGUUUAGUAGCAAGAAAUAAAUUGGGCAAAAUAAUUUCUUCAAUGUCCAUAAAUACCAUUUAUAGAAUAUAAGGAGAACUGCAUACUAUCUGUUUUAAAAUUCGGUCUCGUCUAAUCGUUACAUGUUAAUGAUUGUUUCCAGUUAUGAUUUGGCUUUGUUCAACAUUUGAGGUUAUAGUUGUUCAUGUUUCAAACUUAUGGUUACAUUAUACUAAUAUGAGUUUUGCCUUUCAAAGUUUUGUUUAACUGUUUACCGUGUUAGCUUUUUGUCUAAAACAUUCGAUGUUUUAAUAGAUGUAUAUAUGUUUAAUCAAUAUUUAUCAAAAAGCCUUAAUUCAUGUUACUCAAAUGUUAAAUAUAUAUUAUUGAUAUGUUACGUUCUUUGUCUUAUUUAUUGUAGUGCUUAGAAAAAAAGAAUUUCAUAUAAUUUGUAUUGUGAUUAGAUUCAUAGCAUUAUUAUUUAUAUAGUUUGGGUGUGUUUAUUGUUUUGGGGAAAUAAAGGUAUUUUUAAUGAUUUUUCAAUGCAAAAGUAAAUUCAUGAUUAUGAUCCAGUAAUGAAGACUGGAAUGAUCUUAUCAAUGAAUGUGUACACAUUAUUUUUUGAGUGUACCACAAAAUAUCAUAAAUCAAAAAUUGCAGUUCAAGGUGUUGCGAGUGUCACAAACUAAGAUGAUAGUUGUACUUGCAAAAGUAAAUAAAUAUUGCCAUAAAUGACUAAUCAAGCUGUUGUUUAAUUUCAAUAGAUAUUUUACGGUAAAUUCUCAGAAAUAUGUGAAAAUUUAACGGUACGAUAUAUAUGCCCACAAUGAAAAAGGUGGAAGGGGAGUUCCAGUGGUAUUUAAAUGCCCAGCAAAUGAUAAAACAUUUAACUAUCAAAAUAAACUGGAUCAUUUGCAGAAAUGUACAUGUUUUUUUGGGGGCAAAUGUUAUGGUUAUUUCUUAAUAAUUUGUUCAUUAUGCCAAUCAGGAUAAGAUUCUUAAGACUCUAAUUUUACGAACUUCAAAAAAUAUUUUCGCUCAUUCCAAAUCAUUAUGUAAUGGUAAAAUGUAUUGUAGUUUAAAAGUACAGCAAAAUAAAGUGAUAUAAAGGUUCGAAGUACAAAUUUAAACAUGAAAUUUUCAGUUAUUUGAAAAACAUCUGGAAAGAAAAAUAAUUUCAGACAAUGAGAAAGGAAAUGUUAUGGUGUUAAUUGAUCGUUUUUUGAUCAAAGAUGUACAGGGAUAUAUUUAUUUGAAGAAAAAAAUCUUUAUAGCAUUGCAUGUGAUUUUGUUUUCCUUCUUUGUGUUAUAAUGUGCAUGGACGAGAUUAAAUUGGAACUUAAAUUAUUCAAUAAGCAAUCUUUAAAUUUGACGAUUUAUAAAAUUUAUGUUGUAAAAUGUAAAAACAAAGCAACUUAAGGUUGUUAAUUUAUUAUAAUUGAUGUUUCGGAUGUAUUCUUGUUUAAAUCCCUGUUAAUGAUCUAUUAAAUCAUUCGCAUGUUCAAUAUUAGGCAAAAACAAAUCAGUUUCAAUGACAUUUUUUUAAUUAUAAAUAAUUUAUGUCAAAUACCUGCACAUCUUAAACAAUACAUGAAGUCUUCGUUCAACUUUAAUCGGUCCAUGCACAGAAAUCAUGUUACAUCCUGUGUUAUUUGCUGUUGUACGCCUAAUCACCUCAUAUUUUCAUCAAAUUCCACAUUUAUGUAUUAUACAAGAAAUACCAUCAUAUAUAUGUUAUUUUCAUUUACAUUUUCGAAAAUAAUGUGACAAAUAUAAUCAAUCUUGCAAUGUAAACAUGUUCACUCCUGUGUGUAUAUGGGCUUUAAUAACUCGUCUGUUUUAUGUUUUUUUUCUAAUCAUUUUUCACCAUAUACAUAUACCCUCUGAAAAAGAUUGUUGACAGGAUUUAAAUUACCAGAAAAGUAGUUCCAUUCAGUAAUAUUGAUAAUUUCUUGAGUACAUAGUUAAGUAUAUUAAACAACUGAACAAAAUAGUUAUUGUUUGAUAAUGUUUAUAGCAUGUUUAUUUUAUUUAGUUGCUAUGUUACAGCAGGAAAUGUUAAAAGUUUACAAGUUUUACUUUACAAUGUUACAACAAGAAGUUGACGAAAGUGAUAGUUUUGACGUUGUUAUGUAAUUUGGUUAAUUGAUAUAGUUUAUUACCCUAGUUAUUGUAUUAAUAAACUAAUUUGAUCAACAAGAUUUA